CCCACAUGCCGGCUGGAAAGCGCUCUCGUUUCGCCAGGAAAUAGAGACGUUACACUCGUAACGGCUACUUUUUUAAUUUCAACUUCAACGCUCAAAACCCUCAAUUUUUUCUUCCAUUUCUUCCCGUUCCAACACAGCUCUCUCUCCACUCAUCUUUCUCAGACCCCAAGCGAUUUCAGAUUCAAUUCUUGUAUUUUCCUAGAAAAUACCCAGAACACCUACAUUUCCUGUAAUUUCAAGAUAUCUCACAAGCCCAAACCAGAGCCUGAAACUCUGUUCUUGAUUUCGGCCAAAAAUCUGAAAAUUAUUUUUUGGGGGUUUAUCUUUAAUGGCUCCAACACCCUCUUCCAAGUCAAACCACGCCCAAGUGACCCAGAUGAAAACGCCAAAUUCCAAGCAUCGGCUUCAUUUCAAUGGGGGAAAAGUCGCACAGCCAUCUCCAAACCCACAUUCAGUAGCCAAAGAGACCCCUCCGGCGGAGCACCCGGUUGAAGUCAUUGGCCGAAUCCGUGAUUUCCCGGACCGGAAAGACAAACCCGUGUCGAUUUUGCACAUCAAUCCCGAUCGGCAGACUGUCCGGGUUCGCACAGAUAUUGGGUACCGCGACUUCAGCCUUGAUGGGGUUUCAUUGUCAGAGGAAGAAGAUAUCGAUGGAUUCUACAAAAAGUUUGUGGAGUCCAGGAUUAAUGGUGUGAAAUUGGGUGAAAAAUGCACUAUCAUGAUGUAUGGACCAACUGGUUCGGGGAAGAGCCACACCAUGUUUGGGUGUUCUAAGCAGCCGGGUAUUGUGUACAGAUCUUUGAAGGAUAUUUUGGGGGAGGAUGAAGAAAAUGAUGGCAACGAGCAGCGCGUCGGUGUUGGAACUUUUGUUCAAGUCACUGUUUUGGAGAUAUAUAAUGAAGAGAUUUAUGAUCUUUUGUCAAGCAACACUGGUGGAGGGUUGAAUCUUGGGUGGGCUAAGGGCGGUUCUUCAAAGGUGAGACUAGAAGUAAUGGGAAAGAAGGCCAAGAAUGCAACCUUUAUAUCUGGAACUGAAGCCGGAAAGAUAUCUAAAGAGAUCCAAAAAGUGGAGAAGCGAAGAAUUGUUAAAAGCACACUCUGUAAUGACAGAAGCUCCAGAAGCCACUGCAUGAUAAUCCUUGAUGUCCCUACUGUGGGAGGAAGGUUGAUGCUUGUUGACAUGGCUGGUUCUGAAAAUAUUGAGCAAGCUGGUCAAACUGGAUUGGAAGCAAAAAUGCAGACAGGAAAGAUCAACCAGGGAAAUAUAGCCUUGAAAAGAGUAGUCGAGUCCAUAGCAAAUGGUGAUUCUCAUGUGCCGUUCAGAGACAGCAAGUUAACCAUGCUUCUACAGGAUUCGUUCGAAGAUGAUAAAUCAAAAAUUUUAAUGAUAUUAUGUGCAAGCCCUGAUCCCAAGGAGAUACACAAGACAAUCUCCACCCUUGAGUAUGGUGCAAAAGCAAAAUGUAUUGUUCGUGGUCCUCAUACACCAGUGAAUGAUAAACUCGGUACUGAAGAUUCUUCAUCAGGAGUUAUUUUAGGAUCAAGAAUCGCUGCCAUGGACCAGUUCAUUUAUAAGUUACAAAUGGAGAACAAGCUACGGGAGAAGGAGCGGAAUGAAGCCCAUAAAGCGCUUCUGAAGAAAGAAGAAGAAGUUGCAGCAUUGAGAGCUAAAAUUGAGCUCAUGGAAGGGAAGGAAUCAGGGAUAAGUGAAGAGGUGAUCAACUUCAAGGUGAACGAGCGCACCCAAUUUUUGAAACAUGAGUUGGAAAAGAAGCUGCAAGAGUGUCAGAGUAUGGCGAAUGAGUUUGUGGAACUGGGUAGGAAGCGGAUGGAAGAAAAAAUAUUGCAACAGCAACAGGAGGUUGAAUUGCUGAGGUAUCGUCUGGAGGAGAUUGAAUCCGAGCUGUUCUUUUCAAGGAGCAUAAAUGGUAAGGUAAAUGUGUCAAGGGACCUAGAAGGGAGUGGCUUUGCCAAAAGGCUAGUUGAGAUUUAUGCUGAUGAGGACCCUGGGAUGGUGAAGUCUAUGGAUCUGGACAUGGGUGAUCAGGAACCAUAUGUUCGUGAUGUGAGACAUAUAGAUAGGGGUGUUCAUCAGCUCAAUAAUAAUGUCAACCAAGGCUUUCUGAAUCAUCUUCAUCAAAAUAUUUUGAAUGAGGAAGUUGACGAUGAUGUUUUUGCAGCCAAGUAUGGUGACAGAGUAUGCUUGAGCACUGUGUUUGAGGAUGAAGAGGCAGAAGAAGACGAAGAACAUAAAGGGAAUUUGGAGGAUGAAGAAGUGAUGAAAGAAAUAAUAGAGGAAAAGACUGUGUGCUCUGGCGGGAUGGAUGGCUCUGGUCUCAAGAUCAAUUUUAAUACAGGGUCUUUUUCAUCAUCUCCUCUGAAUUUGGAGAAGCUUGUUGGUUCAGGACUAGUAAGUGAGCCUGAAAAUGCUAAAGAUGCAGCCUCUUCAAGACGGAAAAGAAUUCAAAAUAUAUUCACACUCUGUGGGAAUCAGAGAGAGAUUUCUCACCACACAAAGGUGGCCCCUGGAAGGUGUGAAACUUUUGAUCCUCAGUCAUCCCCAAUGAAAAAAACUGGGGAUGAUUCUGUCACGACUACAUUGCCAGAGGAACUCUUGCAAGUUCAAAAAAGUGGAUCUGUACCAGAAUCUGGAAUUGAAAAUCAAAUUCCUUGUGAUGUAACUGUGAAAGGAAUCAGAGAAUGCACACAUCCAGCACCUCCUGUAGAGUCAUUUGCAACGGUUAAACUUGCAAAUGAGCAGAAGCUGAUAGAAGCCCAGAUGAACAGAAGCCGAGCAUCUGAUGACAUGGCACUGGCUUCAAAGGAGAAUCUCAACCCAGUAAAUGAAGAUACUGGUGCUAUGACUGAAGUGUAUGUGAAAUGGGAGGCAUCAAAAGAAAAUCCAGGCAAAUUCAUUACCACGCUCAAGGUUCUAAGGGAUUCAAGCCUUGCUGACCUACGAAAGCUGAUUGAAAUCCACCUUGGAGAGGAUAAGCAGCAAGCAUUUACAUUUCUUGUGCUUGGGGAUCCUACUGGAGCUCCAGUACCAAGAGAGAAGGAAGCAACGGUACGAACAAGCAAGCUUCCAAUUUGCAACAAUCAAAUACGAGGACACCUAGCCUGCUUGCGGCCAGUGAAAGGAAUCCAAAGCCCUGCUCAUCAUCUCCCUUUGAGCCCACUGGAAAACAAAUUACCCCUCACUCCGAAUUCCUGUUUCAUGCAGCAAGGAGAUGGUUUUUCGCCCCAAGUUGCUCAUCACUUGACUCCCACUCCCUUCAUUAAUAUGAGGAAGAGAUAUUAGUAGUAGUUGUUGCUGUGUUUACAACUUCUUUUAUAUGGCUGGUUCUGUUUCUGCUUAAUUCAUAGAGCUCAACUGUUUAAUUGAGCUCAGACAAUUUGAAUGCCAACAUUCUCAAACCAGAUCAACUUUUUUGUAUCACAAAUAUACUGUGUACUAUAAGUAAUAUAGUUCUUUCUGGUUAGUAUUUUUUUCA